AUGUGCCUGAAUACAGACAUGCAAUGGUCUAAGAAAGAAGAACUAAAUAUUGUGCUGCUUGGGAAAACAGGGGAUGGAAAGAGCAGCAGUGGAAACACCAUUCUGAACAAAGAAGCAUUCACUGCCACGUUAUCAUCCAGCUCUACGACCCAAAAAUGUGAAUCAAAAUCAGGGACCAUACACAAGAGGCCUGCAGCAGUGGUUGACACACCUGGAUUUUUUGACACUGAUCUUCCAGAUGAUGAGCUGAGAAGUAGAAUUGUAGAAUUUCUGAUUCAGUGUGCUCCAGGAGUCCAUGCCUUUCUCAUUGUACUUAAAGUUGGAACAUACACAGAUCAAGAGAAGGAGGUGGUGAAAAAAAUAACAGAAACUUUUGGGGAAGAUGCAUUCAGAUAUUCAGUGGUUCUUUUCACUCAUGGUGAUCAACUCAAUCAUGGUCAAACCAUUGAGGACUUUGUCAAGAUGAAUGGAGCUUUACAGGAGCUUGUGGAUAAGUGUGGGGGACGCUGUCAUGUGAUUGACAAUAAGUAUUGGCAUCAGCAGCAAGAUGACUACAGAAACAACAGUGUUCAGACAAAGAAACUACUGGACACUAUUGAUGAAAUGUUAAGAGAGAAUGGUGGUAACUACUACACAAAUGAAUUGCUGCAGAAGAUCGAGGAAGACAUACAAGCAGAGGAAAAGAAAAUAAGAAAAGAUGUUUCAGGGAAAGUGUCCCAAGAGAAAAUUAGAGAGGAGGCCAAAAAGAGUGUAUUCAAGAAAUACGUGAUAAUAUUUGCAGGAGUAGCUACUGGAGUACUGCUCGGUGCUGUUCUUGGAGCUGUAGCAGUAGAAGCAACAGGCUUAGCAGAGUGUGGACUUGCAGUAUGGGGAAUUCCAGUUGCAAAAGCGGCUGUUGGGGCAGCUGCUGUCAUUGGAGCAGCAGUGGGGGGAGCGGUGGGGUGUGACGUAACAGAACAAACAGAAAGUGUGAGUGAAGGCAUAAAGGCUGUAGUAAAAGAAAACUAUGGAAUUGCAAAAGAUAUGCUUCAGGAGUCUGUUGGACUGGCAUCUGUAUGCACAAAGCUGAAAGGAUGCAACACUUAA